CGGGGUAUCCUACGGUAUCAAAUAUUCGUAUUUAUUUAAUAAUAAUAAUAAUGGAGAACGUUGAACCGCUUGCCCUUGUUGACCUUGACCCCGGACUUGUAAACGCUAAACAACACAAUCUAAAUUCGGUCUAAUUUAAUAAUUUAUAUUAUAAUUACUUUCUCCGUUGCUGCGUGCUUUGCCUUCAUUCAUAUGCCUUCCCCCAUAAAUACACAUUACACCAACAACUCGGCCUCCAAACCGCAUCCAAAAACCUUUCCCUUUUACUCCAUCUCUCUCUCUUUCUCUUUCUCUCUCUUCACCAAGAAAUGGAAAUCUUCGGCACAAAACUCUACAGCGGCGCGGGGGACAGAUACUGGAGAAGCAAGAGAUACCAGAAGCUACAAGACGGCUCGAUCCGCAACAAGAACAUCCGCACCGUCAGGCUCGGCGGCGGCCAGUCGUCGUCGCCGUCACGCAGGCUGGGGUGGAGGAUCAAGGCGGUGCCGAAGCUGCGGCUGAGGCUGAGAGUCGUGAUGUCGGCGCCGCUGAAGCUGGCGGCGAAGCUGAAGAACGGCUACCUGGACAUGAUGGUGAGGCUGGCCGGGAGCGUGGGCUACUUGAACACCAAUUUGGUUUUCGGCAACAGAAGGGUUCCGAAAGCCAGACAGGUGAAGAGUUCGAGCACCAGCGAGGAGUUUCGGAAUAGGAUUAUUUACGAGAUGUUCAAGAACAUCUCCGCCGCACAUGAGUUGUCUCCCAUGUAGCGCUUGUUUUUUUUUUGGAAUAUGGAUCGUUCGUCUGGUAUGGGAUUUAACUCGAUCUCGAUAUUCAAGGUUUUUUUACGCCGUAGUUUGUAAACAAUGGAAAAUGUUAUACGUUUGCUUGUAUUUUUUUUUUUUCCUAUUCGUUUAUUCGUUUGUUAAUGAGAUAUAGUUGAUGAAAGUUGUUAAUAGUCGAUUAAAAAAACAAGCGAGACGUUACAUUGGUGGUUAAUAAAAGGGGAUUUUAUGAACAAUGAUUUGAUCUAAUAGUAAUAUAUAUGUUGUUGAAUCUGGAAAUCUCGAAUUCAAAUCAAUAAAUCAAUCUUAUAAAAAGAAUUAAAAAAGGGAAUUUCAUGCCAUUGAUAUGAUGUAUUUACUUGACCUGAUGUUCCUUUUUAUGAUGUGUCUAUCAAUAAUUGAUGGUGACAAAGAGAGGGUGGUUCGAUGUUUUGUUUUCUUUCAAGUGUAAUAUAUAUGCGCGGGACAAAGAAAAUUGGGAGAUUGUGAGAGUCAUCAAAACCUUUACGCCAGUUCAAAUAUCCAUUACGGUACUAGUGAUUUGAAACUAGUUUGGUGUCAAUUUGUUAAUUGGAAUGUCAUUGAAUUUGAAUACAGUGUAUUAAGUCUUAAUUCAUUUAAUUGUAUAUCCUAAUUUUUUAAAUUAUUUUGUUUGUCUUAGAUAUUCCCAAGGGGAACAAAUAGAUACAAACCGAAAGUCUUUUCAGGUAACCGUAACUAAACAAAAAAUAAAAAAGGGCGACGGUAAAUCAGAGGUCAAGCCCAAGGGGAGACUAAUUGAAACUAGUUUGGUGUCAAUUUAUUAAUCGGAAUGUCAUUGAAUACGGUAUAUUAAGUAUUAAUUCAUUUAAUUGUAUAUCCUAAUUUUUCAAUUUUUAUGACAUUAAAGUGUCAUGGAAAUUAUUUUACAAUUUUUGAAAUCAUAACAACAUUGCAUCGAUUACCGAACAUUGUAUUAUCUUACUUGAGUUAGUGAUAGCGUAUCUUCAAUAGGAAAAACAUAAUCAUAACAUUUAAUCAAUAUUUUUUUCUCUCUUGCCGUGACCUACAAUACAUAUAUAUCAAACUUUAAACUUUGGAGUAUUCUAAACAAUACAAUUACACAAUCGAUAGAAAAAUACACUCAUCAUCCUUAAUAUAUGUCAUGUGUUAGCCAACAGAGUUGAAAAAAAUAGUUGAAUGACAAUCUUAAUCCCUGAUCAAAUAUAAUUAAACCUCCCUUGUACGUAUCCAUCCUGCUAAUGCAUAUAUGAUGAUGAGAAGUUAUAAAACGAUGCUCACUCACUUCUAAUCCUAACAAUGACUAGUAUACUACUGUUAUACUUGUAGUAAAGUGGUUUAGUUGUAUUCAAAGGAAACCUUAGACUUACUAUUACUUUGCUCUAAACUACUAACUGAUCAAAUAGAAAGAUUAGUUUAAGACUAACCUAACUAAGAAAAACAACGAACUAAGUAGCUGAGAGGUCGCUGGAGGAGAUGGUUUUCUAGGUUCCUUCUAGUAGUAGGACAGGUAAUUAAUUAGUUGAAGUAUAUGGAUAUCCGAGGUUCAGAUAUCAUUGUAGUGGUAUUUAACGAGCUGAGAAAUCCAACAUUAAAGAAGAAAAUAUGCAGGAAAAAUGGAGCACCACUUGAUAAUCUAAAAGAAACCAGAAUUUACUCAUUUGUUUCUUCACCAUCAACAAGCUAUCUUCGACUGUCUCUCGUUCCCAAUCCCCUUGCAACAAGAAGAAAAGCAAACAAAACCUAGAAUUAUUAGCAUUUGGGUACUUAACGUUUAUGUCUGGAGGCGGAAAUGACCGACGAUGCAACCAGAAUUCGACAUACAUAAUUUAGUUGCGAUUUCGAACAAAUUUAAUUGAUGAACCGGUACAUUUAAUCCGAGAAAGUUGCCUUGAUUGGUACCACGAGCAUAAUUACUCUUUAACACUCUCCUCCCUUGUUUUGGUUUCCUAACAGCAGCUAGUGUUAUAUAUGGAUUCCACGCUAGAUGAGAGUUUGAAGAGAGAAGGAAAUCAAUGCUUUCAUAUAAACCGAUCUGGGGAUUCAUGAAACCAAAACUUGAUCCUGCUGGUUCUUAAUUUGAGCUUUACAAAGAUAAUGUUUUGAUAAGGCCCUUUGUUUUUGGUUAAGCACAGCAAGGAUUAUUCAAUCAUGGGUCUAAUUGGUGGGAGCUCGAGGAGGUAUGUAUAUAUCAUCAGCUGAUGUAUUGGUGCCAAGAGUCGGCUGCAACCAGCACUGCCAAAACCCUAGGAGGGAUCAAUCUCUUGUUUAAGAUGAUCCAAUCUCCUCUGCUUUUCUGAUCCAGAAGCUGAUCAACUUUGGAUCUGCAGAAACUCUGAAUAUUUAGAGUGAGGAGAAUUCAGAACAAUCAUCUCUUAACUGGUUGAUUUCCUGCAAUAAUCCUAAAAACAAAAAAUUGAUCUCAAUAAUUCGAGAAGACGUUAAAUGAUGUAAACUUGUCAAAGAAGCGGCAAAACAAAAGGACGGGGAGAAUUGAUGUGAUGACAGAAGACUAGAGAGCACAAAGGAUUGAGAUGCAUUCAUCGGCUUGGUUCGGCUGCAUGGUGUAGAUAUGGAUUUCGAUCGGCAUCCCAGAACCAUCUGUGCUCUCUAUCUUCUGUCAACACCAAAUUCUCACCCUUAAUUCGUAUGCCUCCUAAAACACAUAGCAGCAGACACAUAGUAUAGUAACAAAACCCAAACAGAUCAAGAUGCAAACAAAAACAACCCAAAAUAGGAAACCCUAUUCCUAGUUCAGCUCAACUGUGGUAAAAUUUUACAAAGGGAAAAAAAACACACACACACCAAGAGGAGCAGAAGAAGGCGAUGACAGAAGCCUAGAGAGCACAAAGGACUGUGAUGGCAUCCAUGGCAUCACAAAAAACCAUCUGUGCUCUCUAUCUUCUGUCAACACCAAAAAUUCUCACCCUUGAAAACAUAUAGCCAGCAGACAACAUAGUUAAAACAAAUAGGAAAUCUAAAUCUAAAUAAACCCUAAGGGGAAGAAGAAGAAGGGAAAAAAACACACACACCAAGGGGGGCAGAAGGUGAUGACAGAAGCCUAGAGAGCACAAAGGACUGAGAUGGCAUAUUCAUUGGCAUCACAAAAAUCAUCUGUGCUCUCUAUCUUCUGUCAACAGCAAAUCAUUCACCAUUCAUAUGCCUCCUCCACAAACAAUACUAUACCUCAUAAAAACAAAUUUAUAUGCGUGGGGCUGAAGCUAGGUCGUAGCUGCUUAUUAUCAGAUGAGGGUUUUGUGGAACAAGGGCAAAAAGGAAGAGAGUGUUUUGGAAAUAUAUGACUACUCUGGUUAUGUUUUUGCUGGUGUGCCCAAAUUUGGUACUGGGUACCUCUCUAUUUAUAGGAGGGGAAGAAAGGUGUAAUGGUUCC